AUUAAUUGCUAGUCCGGAUAAGAUCUGCAGUGACACAUAUAGCUAUUUACUAUAAAAAUUGGGGAUAAGUAACAUAUAAAAAAUAUAUUGUUUUUGAAUCUCAAAGUCGUCUCUUUUUUAUGGCGCCUAAAGCUCGUGAAAUUGUUGUUACCUUGUUAGUAGUAGGUUCUAUACUAUUAGACUUGCACUAUGGGCCAUAUUCGCGUCUUUGGUGGCAAAAAAAUAGUGACAAUAAAGAAAAUGAAAUCUCAAAUUAUUUUCCGAUUCGUAUUGGUCAAACCACAAAAGCUGUUCUAAAUGAAAUGGACUUUUAUACCACUAUUUUACUAGGAAAUUCUGAAAACUCUUUUGCUCCUGGGUUUAUUUGUACUUCAGGCGUCUUUUCAAGCAGUGUAGAAAGUAGUUCUUCUGCUGCAGUUUCGAAUCUAUACGCUAGCAUAUUUCAAAAAAGAACGCGUUUUUCUGGUCCACUUGUAAUAGGAUGGAAUGAUAAGGAUAUAAUUUCACAAUUAUCUCAAAAUAUUCCUUUUUUUCCUUUCUCUUUUCUUCUUGGAAAAUAUCUAAUAUUUGUUUAUAGUAUUGGCACUUCAUUACGCGAAAAUUGGAAUAAUGGUGGGUUAGGAUACAAAGCUUCACUCAACAAUAAAUAUCAUGAUAAACUGGCAAUAUUUGUAUCUACAAUUGAAGAUGAAGAUUGUACACUUGAAAUUUAUCAAGAUUACAAAAUUAAAAACCGGUUUGUAGCCAAUUCUCCAAAUGAAGUAUGGGAAAUUUCAAAGUUUAUAAAACAAUAUAAAGGAAUCCAACUUUUUGGCCUUGAAAAUUACUUUACAAGAAAAUUUAUUCAAGAGAAUUCAAAACCCACAUGCUCGCCAGAUAAUUGGCACAAUUUUCCUUUAUUAAAAUCUGUAUUUGAUUACAAUCUUAAACGUCGAACACUUGCAAA